CUGUUUGGACGGUUCCGCGGAUUGGGAACUCCCUUCGAGAUAGAAUCUAUCUUUAGUUGAACUUUAUUUUUGUCUUAUUAUAAAUAAGAGUUCCCACCCCAUUUUACGCCUUUCGCCAGUCGAAUAAGUACACACGGUUGUUUCGGCGGUCGUUAUAAUUUUCCAACUCUCGUUUUUCGCGCGUGAGAAAGAAUAUCAGAGUGAGUUUUUGCUGAAUGUUGAAGUGAUACAGCAUAGCGAAAGAAGCUACCGUGUCUCGCGAGUUUGGUUUCGGAGAUCUAAAUUUGGCCCAGUAUUACUUAAAAUUAUAUUUCAGUAAAGUGCAAGACCGUCGAGGCGGCAGUGUUGCGUUCCAUCAGCUCUGUAAAAUCCGCGCCCAGCCCGAAACCAGUAAGAGUCUUUCACUUGAGGCCUUGAAUAGUGUGUGGCGUCAAGGUGCUUUAGCGAGAAUCUUAAGUUAAAAUAAAUCACUUGCAUAGGAUUUACAAUUUAAAUUGUGUUCGCUCCCCAAGCAAGUUUAAGCAGCACAAUGUCCAAACAAAUGUCUCCUAUUCACCAAGCGGAAGCAGAACAGAAGCAAAUGUUUCUGCGAGAGAAACCACCACCAAUUCCGUUCAGAAAGUUUCUGUACAACUCCAACGAAGGAACAGUUCUCGGCCGUACCGCUGGAUCAUGGGCAAAAAUCGGUACCUUCUACUUCCUGUUUUACUGCGUGCUAGCAGCCCUGGUCGCCGUGUGCAUGUGGGUCUUCUUCCAAACUCUAGAUCCUAGGACUCCGAAGUGGCAGCUGGAUCAGUCACUAAUCGGAACCAAUCCAGGCCUAGGCUUCCGUCCCCUGCCCUCCGAAGACAACGUGGAAAGUACGCUGAUCUGGUACAAAGGUACGGAGGAGAAAAACUACAAACAGUGGACAGAUGCGCUGGAUGAUUUCCUGCAAGAUUACAGGACACCCGGUCAGAUUUCGGGACGCGGUCAGAACAUUUACAACUGUGAUUAUACCCAACCACCACCACCGAAAACCGUAUGCGAUGUUGACAUCAAACAGUACGGACCGUGCACGCUGGAGAACCAUUACAAUUACCACAAGAGCGCCCCGUGCGUAUUCCUGAAGCUGAACAAAAUCUACGGCUGGGUUCCGGCUUUCUUUAACGACACCAGCAAUCUACCACGCAGCAUGCCAACCGAUCUGCAAGAAUACAUCAAGACUGUCGAACAGCAGGCGAAACACACCCUGAACACCAUUUGGGUGUCGUGCGAGGGUGAAAAUCCGGCUGACAUCGAAAAUGUUGGCCCAAUUAAGUACUACCCGCGACGUGGCUUCCCUGGCUAUUACUACCCGUUCGAGAACUCCGAAGGAUACCUCAGUCCGCUGGUGGCGGUGCACUUCGAGCGGCCAGUUCGUGGUAUCAUCAUCAACGUCGAAUGCAAAGCCUGGGCGCACAACAUAAUUCACGAUAGACACGAACGUAUCGGAUCCGUACAUUUCGAGCUCCUGAUCGACUAGAGAGGCCCGUCGUCCCAUCCUCUCCUCCCCCUACAAAUACAGAACCAUCUACCACUAGGACUAUCCUUCUUUUCGCAGCUACUUUCUUAACAGUUUCGAUCGAAUGGUAACGUAUAGUUAGAAAAAAAAACAUUUUUAUCGUCAAAUUUUCUAUUUGCCAUGUUCCAAACAAUGCUUUUCAAAACCGCCUAUCAAAUGCCUAUCGCUGCAGGCAAGCCAUUUUUUUAAGAAAAAAAAAGUAGAUCUAUACACUCGUGUCAAUGUUUGAAAGUUUGGAAAUUCUAAACCGUAAAGUCCACUUAUAGAAGAUAAGAGUUUCGUUAAAGCCAUGGUAGGAAAGCAAUUAGGCGAUCUCAUACCUACGAUCUUCUUAAAAUAUCGCAUUAAACAAAACCUGAAAAAAGACGUUAGGAAGCACCGCCACGUGUUACGAGGUAAGAAUGUUGUGGUUGUAUUUUAACUAUUGUAAAUAAUAAAGAAAAACGUGAAAAGGCCAAUACUGUUUGAACAAAAAAAAACGGAAAUCGAAAGACUCCGAUCGGCAUUAAUAAAUCCUAAUGAAUGGCGCACAAACGGAUUGUAUUCUGUGUACAACCAGCAAGUAACAAGUUAAAUGUUUGUUCGGUUCCUCACUUUUUGUACGACUGCCAUCACUAAAGUCCACCUACAAAGUUAGUCGAACCGUCACCAGUCUGUGACAAUGAAGGACAGCACAGUAAGGUUAGCUGCAACAUGUUUGUUUCGCACGACAAAUGCCUAAAACCCCGACCGCAGUGACGACCGUUUCGACGGUGUAGCACCAUCAUUAGAAAAAGCGAGGAAACCGCAUUUACGGAAUUGACCGAUACUCCAGAUAGAGAGACGAAACACGAGUGUGACCAAUACUCGCCAAUGUGUAGUUAAGCCACCUUUGAUUUCACAGCCGUGGUCACAAAACCGUUCAAAUGUGAAACAAUAGUUAACAUUAGUUCUUUCAUUUGCAAUCAAAAGUUAAACUACACUAAUCACACACACACAAUCAAUGUAAGUCCACCACCCUAUAGAAUCAAACACACGAUAGUUACGGUAGAUAGUUUAAUUUAAGAGAUGGUAGAAAAAAGAAGAUAGUAUUAUAUGCACUGUGGCAAUACACAAGUAAGAUCGACCAACUCUUCACAUUUUGAAAUGAACGAAAGUGCCAACACUGAAAACUCAAACACCUCUCCAGUAUCCUUUUAUCGGAAACUCGUUUUAUAGCGAACAGUAGCGCCAUUUAGGCCUAUAGAGGUAAACGUAUUUGAGACGGCCGCAAUAUAUUGAAAGAGAAGACGCGUUUAUUCAAGACGUAAUAGCAAUCCACCAUACAGUUUACUACAUUUAUAUUAUAUCAGCACGAGCUAAGCUUUCAAAUUUUUGCAUUUCAAAUCUAGAUGUUGUACAUUUUGUUUUUCUUUUAUUCGAAUGUUUCAAACAAAACCCAUUUAUUGCGUCCUAGGAAUCUAAAUUCCACGUUUUAUGUAAUAUUGUUUUAAACAUAACAGUUAUAAAGUGAAAAAGUCCCCCUUACAGUUUAAUCGGUGUGCUUCGGAAUUGGACAAAAUCGCCAGCCUGAUGAUUAGGCAAUAUCGAUCAGCUGGGAAUAAUUCUCAGACACAAUCGGAUCUACAUCUCUACUCAUUAUGCAGCUCUGUACAUGAUUACUAGAUGAAUAGACUAGA